AUGAACAACAAUUCUAGGAUACCCACGCCGUUUUCUUUCCAUACAGAGUCUAACAGCUCACCGACUCGGAGUAAGAAACGAUAUAAAAUGUCAACAACAUACUCAACCACUAAAGGAUCCACUGAUUUAUUACAUGAUAUCACGAAUCACCACAUACCUAGUGCAAUUGGUGGUUCGAAGAUGUCCUUUGGUGAUCAGAGUGCCGUGGAAUUAGUUAAAAGUCGUCAGAGGAAAAUAUUUAAAGAUAUUGCUCAUUUUAAGAAAGCCAUUCAAGAGAUCGAAAAAGAAAUUGAGAAUUUGAAUACUUUAUUAAUACCUCAAAUUAUUCAAAUUGGUAAUCAGAGAUGUCAAGAAAGUGUUGUGGCAACUGAUCAAAUCUUACAAUUGAAUAAUGAAGUUAAUGAAUCAAAAUUGUCAUUAGAGACACUUUAUCGUAACAAUGAAUUAGAAAAUAAUAAUUUACAAUUAUCACAUUCUGUUAAAGUAACAACAUUUGAGAAUGAAUUAGAAGAGCAUAAAUAUAAAUAUAUUGCACAACGUGAAAAAGAAUUGUAUCAAGCAGAAAACAUGAAACCAAAUGAACAAUGGCAAAAUGAAAUGGUUGCUUUAAAAGAACAAUACGAACAAGUCACUAAGGAAUUAAAUGAUAUUACAAAUUCAAAUAAACAGAUAUGUAAGGAAUAUGAAAGGACGGGACCUGUAGUGGUAGAUUUUGAAGAUUUUAAAAUAAAAAAGACACAAGAAAUGAACGAUUUAUUAAAUCAACAUCAAUGUUUAAAUAAGAAACAUAUUGAAUUAAAAGAAGAAGUGUCUCAAAAUAAACAAAAGAAAAAUGAUCUCGCACAAGAAUUGAAUCAAAUUACUCAAAAAAUUGAAGAUUGUGAAAAUUUAAUUCAAGAUACUACACAUUUGAAUUUAAAACAUUCCAAGGAUUUUAUUAUUAAAGAAAAAGAAUAUGAGAUACUCUCAAGAGAGUUACAACAGGUAACGGAGAAUUUUCAAAUAUAUAGUAAUAAAGAUUUAUUACAAUCUGGGAAACUUCUUAGGGAACAAAAAUUACGUAAGAAGUUAUCAUUAUCAAUUGCUCAAAUCAAUCACAAGAUUCCAAUUGUAACAUUUACAGAUGUACCAUCAAGUCACUCAAGUGAUGAACAUCCAUUAUCCAAUACCACAAUAAAUUUUAAUAAUAAUCCCUUGAUUACAAAUAUAUCAGAUUUGAUUCGGUAUGAAAUUCAACCUCUAUAUGAUUUUUACGAACUAAAAUAUCGUGAUUCGUUGACUGUCUUCUAUAUAUCGGAUUCUUCAACAAAUUUUGUGUCAAAUUUUAUUGAUUUUCUACAGGAUGGUUAUUCUAUAUCUGCCACAAUAAUGGAAAAUGUGACCACUAAUCAAUUUUCACCUAUUAAUAUAGAAGAUAUCAUUGUGAAUCCCAAAACCGAGUUGUCCUGGAUACUUCGAUUUCGAUUAUCUAUAACUGAUUCAUUUUUCCAAGAAAUCACUCUUGUAAUCAUUGAAUCGAUGUCUGGAAUACAACAAUUGACUAAAACAUUAAUGAAACAAAGGGAUGUCCGUGAUCAUGAUAACGAUAUACUUCCUUAUCAUGAAAUGAUACAAAAAGGUAAGUCGAUAUUCAUUUGUAACAUUAAUAUCACUGGUGGAGAAGAAAUCAAGAAAUUGUGCAAACAUAUACAAUCUUUCACCAUUAAAUAG